CGGUUAUAAAUUUGACAAGCAUAGUACUGGUUGAUGAUUAGGUCGACUCCUUGUUCAUCUUUUCACAUGAUUUAAGCGGCCCUGUAACAUUUUUUUCCUACCCAACAUAUUACUCAUAUUUUCAUGUAUUACUCUUUUAAUAGAUAUAUGUUGUGUCUUUCAUAACAGGAUUGCAUUCGAAGUUUUAAAUGCAAUCAGUGUUUUAAAAACUGUUUUGCUACCAUUAUUUAUAUUUUAUUUUUCUAUAAUUUCUAAGAUCAUAUUUAUUUAAAGUUCUAAAGCCUUACUGUAAUUUGUUUAUUUAAUCAACACUGGAUAAGUCAGGUUUGCAUCCUUCCUGGUGAACCCAUGAUGUGUCAUCAGCCACUGACAAGUACACUAUUUUAUGCCAGUUAUUCAAAAGUGUGAAUUGUAUAGUUCCUUGGAAUAUACAAUGACGAUUCCUGUCCGUUUGGCUAGAGUCAGUGGCUAUCAGGGCAGGACCAACGAUGUUGUUUACCUUUAUCCAAAAAUGAUUCCAGCAGAUUCUGUGGUCAUUUAUUUUGGAGGUGAUGUCCAGGAUUUUCCAGAGAACAUGGAGUCACACCGAGAUAACAAAAGCUAUGUCAAAUGGAAUCUUGAAAAUAUGGCAACCAUUCUACAAGGAAAAUUUGAAACGAGUCACAUAGUUGUUGUAAGGCCUUCGAGAUUAGCGUCUCAUAAGCUAGCAACAUUUAUGGAAUUGCUUUCACCAGAACAGGAGCAGAGAAGGAUGGAGUUUAAAAUGUUUGGUUGCUAUGAUAACUUUGUGCCUUGUAACAACACUGGAGCUCCAGACCAUACACCAAUGCAUUAUGCCUUAUUGCACCUGGACAGAUUAGUGCAAAAUAUUUCAUUGAAACUCAGUGAACAGGAUAGCACAAAAGGACUCCACUUAGAUCAAUGUGAUUAUAUUCUCAUAGGGUUUAGCAAAGGCUGUGUUGUUCUUAACCAAAUUCUCUACGAAUUCCACUAUUUGAAAACCCUUACCCCAGAUGACGAAUCUUUAGCUAUCCUUGCAAGUAAAGUCAUAGAGAUGUAUUGGUUAGAUGGAGGACACUCAGGUGGAAAGAAUUCAUGGAUUACAUCUCGAAGUCUCCUUGAGACCUUAUCUAGGCUAGCUAUUAUUAUCCACAUUCAUGUGACUCCGUAUCAAGUGAAUGAUGACCGCAGGCCUUGGAUAAGAAAGGAGGAGAGAGUCUUUUUUGAUUCUUUGCGAAAAAUGGGAGCACACGUUAAUCGAACAUAUCAUUUUGAAAACCAAGUUCCAAACCUUAGAACACAUUUCGAAGUUCUAAAUGAUUUCAAAUAGUCCUUUUUUUAAAAACUGUUUACAAAUUUAUUCAAAAAUAACAAUUUUUAUUAAACUAUUUUUAAUUGUGUGUGCAUGUGUGAGUGAAAAUGUGUGUGUAUGGGUGUCCACAAACGUGAAUACAACCAACCACAGUUAAAAUGAAUAAAUGUUACACUGCAAUCUUUGUACUAUUGUUUAGAAAACCUAACUAGUCAUAAUGAAUAAUUAUGAGCUAAAUUUUUUGAGUUUUAUAUAAGGAACUGAUUUGGUAUAAUGUUUUACCAUGUUAUUAAUGUUUUUACCAUGUACUUAUUGAACUUUACUGUAAAUAAAUAAUCAUUUUAAUAUUUUAA